UUUUUUUGUUGUUGUUUUUAAAUCAGUGGCUCUGCCCCCCCUGCGGACUUCACAGCAACUUCCUCAUUUUGACGAGUGACGGAAGGUGUCGGCAAUUUUGGGGGGUGGGGGGGUGGGGGGGGUUGUUUGGUCCUUAAAGCAAAGACAAGACAGUGCUUGGUCAGCUCAGCCGCCUUCGGAUGAGAUUGUGCCUCGCGAAGGAGCGACUCCAGAGGCACCUGAAGCGUUGAAUCAUUUCUGGACUAAUGACAUGAGACGACUAGAUCUUGAAAUCGGAGCUAUUUUUUACGGGCGGAAGUUAUUGACUUUUAUUUUGAAACGCACUACAUUUAUUUCCAGGUGGGAAGCGACACGACUGGAAAGGAGGAAAUUUUACUCUCGUUGGGUUUUUGUUUGUUUUAUGUGGGUUCCCCCCCCCCCCCCCCCAGCGGUAACACAACUUACAGGCUGAAGAUUGUGCAAAAGGAGUUUUUAAGGGUUUAUUCGCUCCAGAUAAUUUCUGCAAGUGCUGAACGACGAUCAUUUUCUCAUUAGCUACUUAAAAUAUCAGGCCAUGCCUUCGAGAAACCAUCUUGACAAAAUUGGAAGGAGGAAGAAAAAGAAAUGGAGCGAGGAAGCCAUGACGCAUGCACUGAUGGAGGUGAAGUCAGGGAAGUGCACGGUGAGACAGGCAGCCAAAGAGUUUGGGGUCCCCAAAUCCUCCCUGGGGGACCGGGUCAGCGGGCGGGUGACGCCGGGGAGUCGCAGCGGUCCCGCUCAGCUGAUAACAUCUUCUGACGAGGAACUUUUGGUGGAAUUCUCCUCGUACAUGUCCGAGCACGGAUUCCCGCUCACAAAACGGCAGCUGGUGUCGUUUGCGUCCUCCAUUUACAAGCGUCAACACCGCCGGGUGGUGGCCUUCUCCAAACUGGGCCAGACCUGGUGGCUCAACUUCAGAAAGCGUCAAGGAAAGAAGAUCACAAUUCAACCAGCCGACGGCGUUACCCGAGGGAGGACGCUCGGUGUCAGGAAGGAAGCCUUGGAUCAUUUUUUUCACCUCCUCAGCUCUGCGGCGGAAGCUCACGCGUUGGCCGACGAGCCUCAGCGCAUCUGGAAUUGCGACGAGUUGGUUUUCCAGCUGGCUCGGAAGAGGGCGCUCCUUCCCGACGCCGCCGGUCUGGCUUGCAAGUCCACGCCGGGCUCCAAGGACUGCACCUCUGUCCUGGCUUGCUGGAACGCCGCCGGGACGGAUCUUCCCCCGUUCAUCGUCUACUCCAAAGCCUACCCGGGAGGAGCUCGCUACAAGACGCAGGGGCCGUCGGACGCCCUCUACGGCUGGUCGGACUCGGGAGGCGUCACCUCGGAACUGUUCAAGAAGUGGUUCCUCAGACACUUUCUGCCGCGCGCUCCUCAAGAACGGCCGCUGCUCCUGAUUUUCGACGGCCACAGGUCACCGGUGAACCUGGAAGUGGUGGAGGCCGCCCGAAAGGAGGGCGUCGUCCUCCUGUCCCUGCCGCCUCGUUGCGCCCACGUCCUGCAGCCGCUGCGCGCCGGCUUUUUCCCACUCAUCGAGCGGCGCUUUGCCGCGCUCGUUGGCGACCCGCGCUCCGCCGACGCCGCGCCCUUUGCGGUCAGCAAGAAGGACUUUUCGGCCGUGUUCAAGGCGGCGUAUCAGGUGGCUAAAGAGGACGAGGGGAUCCGGAUAGUUCGGGAAGGUUUUCGGAAAUGCGGCGUGUACCCACCGAGCCGCUUUCCUUUUGAUGAAGCCCACUUGGUGCCGUCGUCCAACGCGGACCCUCCAACUGGGGACACGUCAGCGCGGCAUGUUGUGGGAAGCUUUACUGCUCCCGGACUUUGAGACGAACUCUUGUCAAUUCAAAGUCUUCAAAGGUGCGCUAAACCCGUAAGACAAUAUGGAGCGUGUUGGAUGUUGCACGAGAUGUCUUUCUUUCCAAGUAAAUUCGUCUUUGCAAAUGCACCAACCGAACGGGAGGCUGCAUCAACAAACUCUUGGUGGGAAAUAGCCUGCGACCGCACGCUCACGUGAAAAUUCAUAAAUUCAUGUCGUUUUAUCAUGUACCUAAAAGGUAUUUAGGGGGGGGGGGGGGGUCAAGUCAGAACUGUGAUAUGUAUUAUGUUUUUGGGGGGGAUCCUGUCUAGAUGAGCAAUUCUUUUGACCCAUGCAGAAAUGUAUCCAACAGAUAAUUGAGGUAUAAUUUACAAAAAUAAACACCAGAGGAUUAUCACUGAAUGAGAUCUGAUCAAAUGCAUCGCAGGUGACGUUUUGUCCCAGAAUUCAUGUCAUUGCUUCUCACGUUAGCAUUUUUUACCAACACAAAGUUUUUUUUAAAGAUCUCACAAGUGAUUGUACAUUAUUAUUGCAUUGACAUUAUAGUCCAUUUAUUUCUUUCAAUUAAUGUAUUUACUGGUUCACAAAAUAAAGCCAGAUCCAGUUCCCA